AUGCCAAUUGUAGAUUUAAUGGCUAUAUCUAGUUCACAUUUCGCAAAAUUAAAAGAUUUUAUUCAAAUGCAACUUCCAGCUGGUUUUCCUGUUAAAAUUGAAAUUCCAUUGUUCCACAUUCUCAAUGCGAGAAUAACAUUUGGAAAUAUAUUCGGCUUAGAUCAAGAGGUACCACAUGUAGGUCAUUUACAAGAAACUAAUCGUAUAACUUGCUUAGUUGAUGAUAUUUGUUUUGAAACACCUAGUGGAUAUGCCAAAUUAGGUGCAGAAGUUAGAACACAAUUUAGUAUUGAAGAAGAGGAUGAUUUACUACAGUUUGCUAUUCAACAAAGUCUUUUAGAAGCUGGUAGUGAACGCGAUGAGGUUGAUAUAUGGGAAGCAUUAAGAGCGCAGAAACCAUCUAGACCAACUACACCUAACAUGACCACUGAAGAAGAAAGGCAACUUCAGAGGGCAAUUCAGGCUAGUUUAGUGCUGUAUCAAGAAACGGCUGGCUCUACAGAAGGUACUGCAAAUUCAGCGGGUAUAAAUGAAAAUGAAGAUAGCGAUUCUCUCGAAGAUACUGCAGAACAAUUGAGAUUAGCGUUAAAACUUUCCGAGCAGCAACAAAUAGAAGAAGAGCAACAACGGUUGCUAGAAGAAGAAACGUUUCGUCAUGUGCUGGAGCUAUCUUUGACGGACAAGUAA